UGAUUGAUUUAUUUAAAAAGUAGAAGCAUCAAGAAACAAAUCCGCCUUCUGUAAUCUGGAAAGUUUUUAAAUUUGUUUUAUUUUGUUAUUUUAAUUUGUAGAAAUAAAAUAACUAUACUGAAAAUGUCACAAUCAAUGUCCAUGAAACAAAUUGGAGCACGGCACAUGAGCUGCGUUAUAGAAAUUAUGGAAUGGAGUAACAAAAUGGACCUAGUGGCUUACGGAACUGAAAAAGGCGAAAUAGUAAUUCAACGAUUAAAUUGGCAAAAAAUUGUAACAUUUCCAUCGCCUGGAGAAGGUGUCAAGGUGAGAAGUUUAAGUUGGCAAUAUGAUGAGACUAUCAUAGCUGUAGGCUACAGCAAUGGACAAGUGUGUUUACUGGAUGUAGAGCGCGAGGAGUCUGUUUCAAACCUAGUCUACGAUGACGAUAUAAAAAAGGUGUACUUUAGUAAAGCCAUAAAUGCUCCCGACUAUAGACAGCUGUAUCGGAAUAAAACAGAGUUGACCUAUGAUUUCUUUUUGCCGCCAUUGCCACAUUUGAGUAGUUUAGGCGUUUCAUCUAAAACGGAGGAGCAUAAGUCAUUCGCUAAGGGCUCCCCUUGUUUUCUGGUAGUAAUAUUGAAAUGUGGCAAAGUUCAUCUAUUAUUGUUGGGUGCAUUAAAGUCGGGAACCAUUGAUAUGUCGCAACACGUUUCGCAUCCAGAUGAAUUAGAUGUCUAUGAUGUCCGCCUAAGUGGGGAUUUUAAUGCCAUGUAUGCUUUACUACGAGAUGGAAAUCAAUUAAAAAUUCUACAUUUUCAUAAUACCGUAUUGAAGGAAUAUAUUUCACCAAUGAUACAUUUAGCGCAGCAUUGUGCUAAUAUAUUGGAAACAAAAAAUUACAUAGAUAACACCAUUCAGUGUAUUUUGGAAGCUUGGGAAACGGUUUUGCUGGAAAUGGAUAAUAAGCUAACAAGUUAUGCAAAUAAACAAACAGAAGGAUCGCUAUCAGCAGAUUUUAUGGAAUUAUUGGUUUUCGGUUAUGCCACUCAUGAAAUAGAGGAAUUUUUAAUGCAAGAUCUUACGGAAAAAGGCGUGAAAAAGCUUCAAAAUUCUGUUGAUUUAAGCUACUCCACCAUACAGAGCUUGGUAUCAAAACCUUUACAAAUGGCAUCUAUUAACAUGUUUUAUUUUCUUAACACUAUCAAGGGUCUGGCCAGAAUCAGUUACUAUUAUGAGCCUCUUAUUGUUUGUGAAUCUACAGAGGCAGCAUUGCGUGAUUGCGGUGCGUUUUUAAUGAAAAUUCUGGAAUUGCAACAAGUAAUCGAUCAGUCUGUUAAUGAUAUGAAAUUGUUUUUCUGUUGGCUUUGUGUUGUCAUAGUACGACUACAUCAACAGGACGUCACUGAGGAUAUGGCGCAAUUGUCCAUGGAAGACACCAUAUAUUUGGCGGAAUAUUUAAACAGUUUUGAGGACAGUGUAAUAGAGAACGAUGACGGUACUGUUAUAAAAAGAAAAUUUAAUUUGGAAAAAGUUGGUCAGUAUUUGGAAGACAAACCUCUGCAACAAGUUGUAAAAACUGAUAUGCAUCAUCUGUGGCAUAAACUUUUGGAAGAAAAUGAAUGUCUACGCAAUUCUCCACUACUUUAUCCACACGAAAAACGUUUAUCUCUAACACAGCAACGCGAUAAAAUGUUUGCGGCCAUUGAUAGUGUGUUUCUAAAACCCAAUGAAAGUAUAAGUCUCGGUUUUGAACUCGAUUCCAGUUUCGUAUGUUGUUCUUUUAAUGAGAAUUCCGAAUGUACUUUCGACUUUAUUAGAACAUCGUAUUUCGUGAGUGAAUCUAAAAAACGCGAUCUAAUACUUGUAACUAUUGGAUGGCAAGAUUGUUUAGUUUUAGAAUUUGAUGACAAAUUUACGCAGUUGAAAUGCUUUCGUCUGCAAACCAUCCCCGGUCCAUUCACCAAAGACUUAAGUAAUGGUCUUGAUAAUUUAAAAUUUGUUGACUUGCACUUUUAUAACAACGAUGUUCUAUCUUUGCUAUUGGUUAAAGAAAGUGAAACAAUGAAACAUCAAAGUUAUUUUAUUCAAUUCCCUCUGGAUCAAAUAACUGGUAAAUGUUCAUUACACGCUCUGCCACAAAAUAUAAAUUUAAAUGAAUUAGCAGUUGGUCACAGUAUUUUCGAUAUAAUAGACAUUACGAGCUUUAAGGCUAUCGAAAGUGUCUGCACAAAUUUGGCGGUAUCCGGAUGCAGAAAGGUGGCUUCUAUACUUUCCGAGAAGCACAAGAAAAUGAUUAUUUUUGAAAUGGAAAUAGAAGAUGAUGAAGACGAAACGGAAAUAUCCCAAAAUUCAAUGUUGGACAUAAGUAAGGAAUCUGCAGUUUCGUAAUAAAACGUUAGUAUUUUAUUAAAAUCUAAUUAAUUUUAAUAAUUACAAAGGAAAUUAAAUGGCAAUUAAACUGAGUUAAAAAUACUUAAAAAUAAUUGAUUAAAUUGUAGGUUGCCCAAAAAUUAUUAUCAUACACUCUCUUUGGACACAUUUACAUUCAUGUAUAUUAGGAUUAUAACUUUCUGCAAAUAUUAAAAAAGCUCCCUCACACAUCGCGAUAAAGUUUUGUUUAAAUGUCACUUUUCCUAAUGAGCAAAAUUAAAUUUUGCGUAAGAAUUUGUAAGUUUUUUUACGUAAUUUUAUAGAGAGUAUU